GGCGGCCGGGGCGGCACUGCCAGAGCGCCGAGAGGAGCCGGGCGAGCGGAGCGCGGCUGCGGGAGCCCCGGGAGCCCUCUCCGUGCCCCGCACUGCCCUGCCCGCCGCGCCGGUGAACGGGAGAGGCGGGCGGCGCCGGCCCCACGGAGCAGAGCGCAGCGGCGGCUCGGAUGGAUUGAAUCUUCUGUGUUGAAUGCCUCCGGAUUUCCUGUCGGGUUUCACAUCUGGAAAACUACUUUGAUUUAAGCCACUCUGUGGCAGACUGAAUUGUGGAUCCAGGGUUCCCGAGACUUCAGCUCUCAAGGAGACAGCCGCUGCUGAAUCACGUUAACCUGUCAUCGCAGCCACAAUGGUGCUGUCACAAAGGCAACGAGAUGAACUAAAUCGAGCAAUAGCAGACUACCUUCGUUCCAAUGGCUAUGAAGAGGCAUAUUCGGUUUUCAAGAAGGAGGCUGAGUUAGAUGUGAAUGAAGAGCUAGAUAAGAAGUAUGCUGGGCUUCUGGAAAAAAAAUGGACAUCUGUUAUAAGAUUACAAAAGAAGGUAAUGGAACUAGAAUCGAAGCUGAAUGAAGCUAAGGAAGAAUUUACAUCAGGUGGACCUCUUGGUCAGAAACGAGACCCUAAAGAGUGGAUUCCUCGUCCUCCAGAGAAGUAUGCAUUGAGUGGACACAGGAGUCCUGUCACUCGAGUAAUUUUCCAUCCAGUUUUCAGUGUUAUGGUCUCUGCUUCAGAGGAUGCCACAAUAAAGGUGUGGGAUUAUGAGACAGGAGACUUUGAACGAACCCUUAAGGGCCAUACAGACUCUGUGCAAGAUAUUUCCUUUGACCACACUGGCAAACUAUUGGCCUCCUGUUCUGCUGAUAUGACCAUUAAGCUAUGGGAUUUCCAGGGCUUUGAGUGCAUCAGAACUAUGCAUGGUCAUGAUCAUAAUGUUUCUUCAGUAGCCAUCAUGCCCAAUGGAGAUCAUAUAGUUUCUGCCUCAAGGGAUAAAACCAUCAAAAUGUGGGAAGUCCAAACAGGUUACUGUGUGAAGACUUUCACGGGUCACAGAGAAUGGGUGCGCAUGGUGCGGCCUAACCAGGAUGGCACCUUAAUUGCCAGUUGUUCCAAUGACCAGACAGUGCGUGUUUGGGUGGUAGCGACAAAGGAAUGCAAAGCGGAGCUCCGAGAGCACGAGCAUGUGGUAGAAUGCAUCUCCUGGGCUCCCGAGAGCUCAUACUCCACCAUAUCAGAAGCUACGGGAUCAGAGACUAAGAAGAGUGGCAAGCCUGGGCCUUUUCUGCUGUCUGGAUCCAGAGACAAGACCAUUAAGAUGUGGGAUAUUAGCAGUGGCAUGUGCCUUAUGACACUUGUGGGCCAUGAUAACUGGGUACGUGGCGUUCUGUUCCAUUCGGGGGGCAAGUUUAUUUUGAGCUGUGCUGAUGACAAGACUCUCCGUGUGUGGGACUUCAAGAACAAGCGAUGCAUGAAAACCCUCAAUGCGCACGAACACUUUGUUACCUCUUUGGAUUUCCACAAGACGGCACCAUAUGUGGUUACUGGAAGUGUAGAUCAAACAGUAAAAGUGUGGGAGUGCCGUUGAUUGAUUCACAUUGACCCCCUUUUCCUCUGGAUGCACUCAGAUACCAUGGUUACCCAUUGAGCUCUGUUUAAAUAAAUAUUGUCCUUUCAUGUAAAUUAUUCUGGAUGUAGAUUGAGCUUAUUAAAUGUUACACACAAAGUAUUCAUGCAUGGUGAAUCCAAAUUGUAUACUGUAAAUUUACAUACGUUGUCUAGAAGUACCAUAGGUUUAAGAACAUGGGCUGGCAUUGGUCACAUCAGACCUAAGAAGGCAGAAGUUGGAUAAUUGGAAUAGGGCACUUAACUGAAUAGUUGACAGUGUCGUUCUAUGUCGGAUAAUUAUACCUGUUUUUCUUUCUGCUGUCUGUUGGUGCCUGAAUUGGUGACCUCAUUUGGGAAAAGUUUUGUAGGGCUCUUUCAGAAAUGUGUAUCUAUGUAACAUCACUUAAGUGUGCUUAAUAAAUCUUCUCUAAGAAUACUAGAUAAGGCUGCAAUUCAGAAUCUUCUGAACCUUAUAUGUAAUUAAUGGAAAUUAAUUAAACUCUGGAAUAUUUGUCAUGAAACAUUUGCCAAAUCAACAGAAUACACUCGUUUUGGCCUCCUAUCACGCAAGGGUUGGUAUAUUUAUAUGACUAACUGUAAACCUGAAAGAAGACAACAAAUCUUAGUAGCAGCUGAUGUGAUAAAUGUAUUUAUUUUUUAUUUGGUCAUUCAAUGGUUAAGCUGUGCUGUUAAACUAAGUUUAAAUGGUUUUUUUGUUGUUUUUUUUUAAUGCUAGACGAACUUCCAGGAGGAGUUGUCCAUCCCACUAGAAUUUAGUGAUCCAGUUUCCCAUAGAGCUGCCAUGGUACAACUUGCUGUUUGCUUUCAAUGUUUGUUAGAGAUGUGCAAUUGCUCUUACACAACAGGAUCAGAGUACACUUUCCUCUUACUCACUUGCAGGAGGUUGGGGUAUACAGAGGUUUCUUGUUUCUUUAGUGCCUCCUUGGAAACCCUUUUGAAACUGAGGUUAUACUUACCUUAACAAGACAAUGUGGCUUGAACAAAAAUGUGCUGUGGUUUGCAUCUUGAGAAAUACCUGGGGAUACAGUAUUGAAAUGCUUUAGAGAAAGCACUGACUACCCUCUGAACCAGAUUGUAAUGGCAGAUACAGAUGGAUGCAGGCCUUGCAAAGAAAAACCAAACACCAUGAACAAAACAGAGUCCAUCUGUGGGAACUAUGCUAUCAAGUAAUUGUUUACAACCAAACCCAAAUCCUAUCAGCAAAACCACCCCAGCUUGGUUCUUGGUAUUGGUGGUGUUUGGUGCCUACAGCUUUUAAUUUGCAAAUCCCUAAAGUUGCAUAUUUUGAUCUGAAGUGAAUUAAAGUAUUAUAAAUAUUUUAAUCAGCAUUUUGUGGCAGAUUCCAUUACAGAUAACCAAGAAUGACAAUACUCACCAAACUAACCAGCUCCUUUUAGGAAUCCACUUACAGUUGGCAGUAAAUGAAGUACCAGUCUGCUGUUUUAACAGGUGAAUUCAUGCUUUGUUUUAUUCCUUUUGUUUAAUACAUGGCUUUUAAAACUGUCCCUUUCAACCGAGAGCCCCUGCUCCAUGGCUGAGGGUGUUCACACUGGGCCCAUGCGGCUCCUUCCCUCCUGCCACCAGACAUGGAUCCGAUUCCAUCCUGUGGGGUGGAGGGACAGCAGCCCUGAGUCCUGGUGCAGACUCACUUGGGAAGGGGUGGAGGAGACUGAGUCUGAUGGGGGGCUUUGUGAGCCAGGUUAAGAUUGAGGCUGAUCUCAAGUCCAGUGGGUUCUGUCACUUUCGGUGUGUGUUUCUGCAGUUGAGCAUGCACAAAUAAAGUGGGUUUUGUUCAGUAGCUGCUUGGACUGGAAACAUUUGCUGCUUCUUGUCCUACUUGAGAAUUCCAGAUGCACAGGUUAAGAUUCCUCAGCGCAUCCACAGCUGUCAAGUAAUAGAUCUGUUUAAUUCCUGAUAGGACCCGUCAGCUUUGUUUAAGUAUAGAGUCAAACAGGCUCAUGUACAUAAUUCAUAAACAUGAAUGAGAAAUUAAAGGUACCUAUUAAGUGGAAGUUGUCUACUGCAGUUUUUCCCUUUAGCAUCCCAGUAGUUCCAAGGACAAACGAGUAAAGUGAAGUCAUGUAAGCAGCAUUCAAUUGCUUGUGUGAAACACUGCUGAGUACUUCUGUUUGUAACCCUCUCCUUUGGUAAGCAGUGAAUAAUCUCAGGGACGAGAUCACCAGGUAGAGCCCUGCUGGAGGAAUAGCGGGAGCUGCGCACAGGAGCGGGCUGGUGAGGGGCUCCUCAGCGUGCCCCGUGCUGUGCUGAGCUUCCCACUGUCCAUGUUGCUGUCAGCUCACCCUGUGCCUUUCCUGCGGUGAGGAGGUUACUGGUUUGGAUUAGAGUUUGUGAGAGGCUGUAAGAGGUUCACUGCUGCUUUGUCACUUUCCUGACUAAAAUUGGCUUACAAAUACCUACCUAGAGGCUGUGUUACCAGAUAACGUGGACUUUUUGGCUUAAACCCAGACAGACAUUCCAGUGCCACACGAACAGAGCGUGCCCAGGAAGUCUUAGAUGCGAUGGUGGUUCAGGCGCAGUCUGGCAGUUGGUGUUUUCCAGCAUCUUGCACUUUAGGAGAUUUCAAACGAACCGUCCUGCUUUUGUGUGUGGUGUGACCAAUGAUGUGCCCGGGCACUAAGGAAAAGAGAAAACCCUAGUUGCUAGCGAGUUGUGCAGGGGCUGUGGAGCACUGUAGUGGUGUGGAAGCUUUGGCUAUAGACUCACGGAGCCCAGCCUGCUGACCCUGUCGUACCCCGCUUCUCCUGUCUGCCUCCUCCUGUUUUAUGUGAACUGCCUGCUGAUACCACUCUUAAAUAGCUUCGGGCUUGCACGGAAGCUGUUUAAAAGGAAAAGCUUAUACUUUGUUUUUGUAGACAGUGGUGGCUUGAUAAUCCUUUUAAUGGUUUGAUAUUAAACACUGAGCUGAGUGAAGGAGAAACGCACUUGGGAUGAGUUCUUUGCUAUCCAGCUGUACAUACAGUCCAGUGUAUUUAAAGUCAAAACCCAGAGUCUUUUAGCAAGAGUAUGUGCAUAAAGUGGUAGGGCUGAACGUGUCGGGAGCGGGAAGGGUCGAGUUGGAUUUGCAAGUCACAACUGGAUUUAAACUGGCCUUUUUCUCUUUCCACUGUGUCCUGUAAGUAGCUGCUCUCUUGUCCUGCCUGUCCCCUGGGCUUCCCCAGCUCAUUCUGCAGAUGAGUUAGCAAAUUCACGUUGUAGGAGUCCAUCCUGAUGCUGACAUGAAGGCAAACGUCGGCUUUUCUCAUGUGAACGAUGUUAGAGGUUGCAAUUGGAGCAAACAGUUCCCAGACCGUUGGAGUUAACUGAAGCUAUUGCCACAAUUAAAACAAAACAAAUCAGUACGGAAUGUAUAUAAUACUGCUCUGUGUUUUACAGUAAGAUUUGUUGCUCUCAGACUGUGUAAAACAAAAUUUAUUCAUGUUUUCUGCAUAUUAAAAAAAACUUAUUGUACCAAUUGGUAAACUAUUAAAUGCAUAUAAACCGA